AUGCACUGCCGCACGUCCGGCGUGACCGGCCACUACGCUAACAACGACGCUCACGCCUUGGAUAUCGCGCGGCGCUUUGUCAGCAACCUCAACUACCGCAAGCAGCCUUUCGUCACGCAGACGCCGGUCGAGGAGCCGCUGUACUCGCCGGACGAGCUUGGCGGCGUCAUUCCUGUAGACUCCCGCAAGCCGUUUGACGUGAGGAAGGUCAUUGCCCGCAUCGUGGACGGCAGUCGUUUCGACGAGUUCAAGAAGGAGUACGGCCCCAUCAUGGUCACGGGCUUCGCGCGCUUGUACGGGAACCCAGUGGCCAGCGCGGGCUUUAUGGUGGGUAAGAAGGCCGAGCACGGCGGUAUCGCCAAGGACGGUGACAUGAUGGUAAAGGCCGUCUCGAACGAUGUGCCCAAGAUCACGUGCAUCAUUGGCGGGUCGUACGAUGCAGGCAACUACGGUAUGUGCGGUCGAGCGUUCUCGUCGCGCUUCCUGUACAUGUGGCUGAACGCCCGCAUCUCCGUCAUGGGCGGAGAGCAGGCUGCCGGUGUGUUGGCAGAGAUGCAGCGUGACAACUACGAGCGCCGCAAAGAGAACUGA